AUGUCUGAAGGACUUGAGAGAUUCCGUGGAAUACCAUCGAAAACCAUAGUGAUAUUGACACAUCAUCAUGUUAAGGGUCCGCUUCAUUUUUAUCAUAAUUCAGAUUUAGGUCCAUCCAGACAAAGCGUGGAGAGCAGCGAUGAGUACCUCUUGGCCAUGAAAAGGGUUCAACACCAGGCCCAAAACAAGAACACCGUUCCUGUGGAAAUAAUGUCGCCUCGAGAUCGCCAUAGGCAGAAGGUGGCUCAGAAACAGGGGGUGUUGGACGGACUGGUGGCUGGCAGUUGGAGCAGCGUCCAGCAGGCCACUCGCAUCAGCAUCGUCGCCUCCAUGGUGCCCGACGAGAUAAUCUGGAAGCACUCGGACCUCUCCGUGAGGAGUUACGAGACUGCGCUCAUGUUUAUUGAUAUUUCUGGCUUCACGGACCUCUGCGAGAGUUACACGAAGCCAGGUCGUGGUGGGCCUUCGCGUCUGACCCAGGUCCUAAACUCGUACAUCGGGGCCAUGGUCCAAGAAAUCCUCAUGCAUAACGGAGACGUGCUGAAGUUCUCUGGAGACGCCUUCCUGUCGAUGUGGAAGAAGACGCCGAGGCUUAGCAUGCAGGAUGUCGUUCAUACUGCUAUAGACUGCGGCCUCAUCAUCCAGAAGAACUAUGGGACCUUCGUGACAGAUGUUGGGGUUGUGCUGAAGGUAAAAGUAGCGAUAUCGGCCGGCCUGUCCCACUUUUCAAUCAUCGGCGGCGGGAACACGUCCCAGUCCCACUACGUGAUCGUGGGCCCGCCAGUGUGGGACGUCAAGAUGGCGGAGUACAUGAGCACGGCUGGUGACGUCCUCACCUCUGCCAGUGCUUGGAUUUACGUGAACGAGGCGGAAUACUGCACUCAGCCGUGCGGAGAUGGAAGGCAUACGAAGGUGCUUGGCGUUGGCGCUACAUGGAAAAGAGUUGAAAAUCUUAAUUACACGCUGGGAGCAACUCAAAGACUCCGUCCAGCUGUAAUAUCAGCCCUACGAAGCUCGUGGUGGCCUGCCCUUAGAAGCUUCAUGGUGACGCCAGUACUAAGGGCGGUGGAUAACGACGAGCCCAUGGACUUCCUCACCGAGGUCCGAAGAGUGGUGGUACUCUGCAUCAAUAUCAUCACGAGGACAGUGACCGAGGAUGUGCUGAUAGAGGUCGUGGAUAGGGCCUAUAAGUCUGUCUGCAGCGUGACGUCAGCUUCGGGUGGACUCGUGAACAAAGUCUCCAUGUUCGACAAGGACAUGAUGUUCCUCGUAGUCUUCGGGCUACGAGGUCUCAAGCAGGAAGACGAGGCGGAAAAAGCCCUGCAGUGUGCUCAUCAGCUGAAAGAGAAACUGGCUGAGGAGAAUAUCAUCAGCAUUUCCAUUGGAGUCACUUCGGGCACUACUUAUUGUGGUGUAGUUGGACACGAUCUCCGUCGAGAAUACACGGUCAUAGGGCCUGCGGUAAAUAAGGCAGCUCGGUUAAUGAUGGCGUAUCCCAUGGUAGUCACUUGCGAUAAGGAAACUUUCCUGAGAAGCAAACUUGAUCAAGAACAUUUUAAGAUAAUGGAACCCAAAGCAUUGAAAGGCAUCACUAAGGCUGGACCCAUUUAUGAAUUUAAUAAAAAUGGGUGGUCAGACCGUCCAGGAGAUUACAGACAUCCCAUUCUAGGCAGAAAUGAAGAGUUGCGCAAAUAUAAAUCGAUUCUUUGCAACGCUAUCAAUGAACAUAAGCAAAAGUUCACAAGAUAUAGGGAUCACAAGUUUGGUUUUGCUAUUAUUGGCCCAACAUUAGUAGGCAAAACGCGUUUAUUAGAAGAAUGCAUCAAUAUAACACCAAGUUAUGUGCACGCAGACAUGUUUUCGUUAACAGAAAAGGACGAGAAACCUUUUACAAUAUUCCGAAAGAUAUUGUCCAGAGCUUUCAUUGCUACUGAUGGGCGAAAAGCAAGGGAAAGUUGUGAAAACCUUAUAAGAUACAGUAUCGAUUUGGAUGGAUUAACGCCUGUUCAGAUAUUCGCGUUGAAUGAAAUAUUCGACAGCAGAUUUCCUCUUCCCGAGAAGUUUGAUUAUACGGGAGACAUCUUGUGCAACUUCAGCGUCAAAAAUAUUCUGCAAGAAAUCUUUAAAAAAAAUUUCGUGAGACUUUGGGUGGCGGCUAUAAAAAAAGCUCAGCACAUCGACGAUCAAUCUUGGCGGAUGAUAUUGAUCCUAUUAGAGAUAAAGACUUUUUUUGUUCUUUUCACCAUCACUGACGAGGAUAAGCUUUCGCUGGUGGCUCGUAAGUGCUUGGACAACUACAUGAUAGAAAAGGUUUAUCUGACGGGGAUCGACCGCUGGUACCAUGCCUCGUUGGCGUGCCAAUUACUGGACGUGCAGGCCAUACCGGCAGACUUGGAGAAAGUGAUCGAGAGUGCCAGCGGUGGUAUGCCUGGUUGGAUCCAGAACUUCGUCAUCUCCCUAGUCCAACGAGGGGUUCUAUCCGUGGUCACCGUGCCUCGGGAGGAGGCCUUGGAGUCUGGGGCUGUGAUGCCGUCACCAGCUCUCCUGCAGAUACCCGGCCAUGAAAUGAGUAACGCUGGUCUUGAGCCGAGACGGCAAAGUUAUCAGGUGAGCAUUUACAGCGUAGUAAGUGUGAGCAUGUUGAGCAAGCAGGAGAGCCAGUUCGCUCUUCACUCCGACGUCGUGCAGAUGGCUGUACUGUCCGAGGGGUACAGUUUCGACGACAUGACUGCUGAUAUGACGAUGGACGCUGUGAUCUUGAAAACGUAUGAUUCUUUGACACCUUUUGAGAAGAUGAUAUUGAAAUGCGGAUCAGUGCUGGGUGACGUAUUCUCCAGACGAAUGCUUCUGCAUUUAUUGCAGAGCGAUUCUCCGAGAAAAGUAGCUAAAGCUGUAGUCAAGCUGUUCCUUAUCCGUGUCCUGGAAUGUGAGGGUGGGGACUUCACGCGUGAUACAUCAUUCGUAUUGAUACACCCUGCGCCCGCGCUGCCGGCCGCCAAGCCGCCAUAUUGUGCUUGUUUGGGAAUCAGACUGCCGCCAAAUUGCCGAGACCUGCCAAUAUACGCAUUUUGCGGUUACAUGAAGUUCAGGCAUUCCUUAUUCCGAACCACCACUUACGAGCUGCUCACUGAGAAUCAGAAGAGCGAAAUGCAUGCAAGAGCUUUGCUAUACCUGGAGCGGUAUACCAAGCGCUGCAUAUCGUGCGGCAUGGGAUGUUUCACCAAGUUAUUGGGACAGAGAUGUGACGAUGGUCUUGUGCCUGAAAGUCAAGACGUGAAGCGCACGAAGCAACAAAUAAGAUCUCUGAGUGCCGAAACCAGAGUGCCUGGUGAAGAAGAACCGGUCUCACCGUUUGUUCAACAUGUACCCGAGAUGGUGAUGAACGGCAGCAUGAGUAUUCCUCCUGAAAUUGUCUCAAGUUACGAUUCCUUGGACUUAGAAGAGAGAAGAAACCUCAGUCGCUCGCUUUUGAUAAACCAAAAGCAAAAACAUGUACGAUCUUUUUCUUCUCUGGAGAUAGCGUCAUGUGAAUGCCUGUCUAUACUGCUGGCGGUUUACAACCAAAUGCUAGACCAUUGCCGAGGAGCAGGAGAAUACGAAAAGCUUUUUGAAGCGUACAUGGAGUAUGCCGACGUGAGCAUUAUGAACCUAAACAUACCCCAAGCUGUACGAUUACUGUUUGAAGUAGAAGCAUUUGUGAAGAGUGACAAGAUCAACCACAAUAAGUGCCAAUCUGGUUGGAUGAAAGACUUUCGCUUGGCCAGCGUGUACACUCUGCGAGGAAUAUGCAUGCUUGAGUCUGGGGACCUGAACGAAGCCAGAAACCAGCUGUUCUAUGCCAUGAAGCUCUAUUAUGAUCCUUUCCCAACUUCUAAGCAUUCAGUAAGGUGUCGCAAUAUGACAGCUUCGAUCAGGCAAAUCUUGGCCUUGUAUGUUGCAUCGAAUCUCUAUGUUGGCAUUGAACGAGGAAUUGUUGGCUAUUUCUUUGACGAUAUCGCCAGAACCUAUAACAUUCUGUACAGAUUGUUUUCCGAAGCCAAAGAAAUGGAAAGUGCAACGUUGGCCGCGAAGUUGUCGUUGAACUACGCUCUUCGGACUAACGCAAACUUUCGGGUCCUUUGCAUCAGUUACGGCAAUAUGAUUGCGACUUAUCGUCAGACACAGAAGUUCUCCAUUUGCGUGAAACUAGAGAAGCGCGCCAUGGAACUAUGCCACCGCAAGAGGGGGCAGUUGGACGUGACCGAGGUCCACGCAGUUUGCUACCUCUACACCAGCAUAUUCCUAUUUUACGUAGAACACGGCAAGAAGGUGGAAAGCCUGGAGUUUGGGUUAUCCGUGAUGCACAUGAUGUCCAGCUUGACCGAUCUGACCACGAGGCAGAUGCUGAUCCUAUGGAUGCUGAAGCUUCUGCUCUCAGACCUUCGCAUACACGAUAUGGUCAGGAUUAUGCGGGAGUUCUUCUACAUGAAUGACCAUUACGAUUUGAGCUCGGAAACCUGGUACUACUUCUACGCGAUGGUAAUAAUGCUGGACACGGGCUACUGCGUGGAGUCAUAUGCCUCUUGCGAGCGUUUCUAUAUCAAGAAAGGAGACGCCAUCCUCAGGUCUAAAACUCCAGAGGCUGCGUGGAACUUCUUCGUGUGCAUGUGGCUAAUAACUAUACGCGUUGGGACAUGGGAGAGAUCAAUUCUAUGGGAGGAAAAGAUAAAACAACUCCUGUCUAUGAAGUUUGAGAAGCACGAGUUCAACAUCAUGAUCCUGGUGCGGUUGGUCGAAGGGCUGCUCAUUACUUUGGUCAAGGAGAUGGAUAAUAGAAACAUAAAGAAGGUACUGCUUCUAGAGAAGACAGUGAAAGGGAUAUUUCAAGAUAUGAACGAUACGUGCCGUCAUACGCCCAUGUACCGGCCAAGGUAUUUCUUGUUGCUUGCGUACUUCAACUACGUACAAGGCAAGAGGGUGCGCGGUUACAGCUACCUGAACAAAGCAAUGGAACUGUCCAAACAGUACUCGCAUGGAACGCUGCUGAUAUGGACCGAACAUACUCGCAAUCAUUGGAAGGGGGUGCUGAAUCCGAAGCUAGAAGACUUCUGGGCCGAUCACAUUGAGGCAGACAAUUUACUGGACUACAAGGAUUUUGAUCUACAAAAAUCUAAAAUAGUACCUUUCACCCUCCCUUUGCCUAGAGACUUGGAAAGAUAGAUUAUAAUUUAAUAUUUUAAGAAGAAAAG